GUGGCGGCAGCCUGGCGCCUUUUCCGAACACACCGGAUCACUGACGGCCCCGCCGUGAGGCCCGCGGCUCACGGACCGCUUUCGGACCGCCUGCCCUCGUCGCCUGAUUGGAAAGCCGCCGACGCCUCCGGGGAGCCUCCCCUCGCAAGGCCGGUUCGGACGAUGUCGGUGGUAACGGUUCAGCUGGGUCAGUGCGGUAACCAGGUGGGUCAGGAGCUGUUCGGCAUCAUCUGCGGCGAGGCUCAGGAGGGACAGAGGAAAACAUACAGCGCGACCAGCUGGGAGCGCUUCUUCCACCGGACCCCGCGCGGAGAUCUUGUGGCCAGAGCGGUGCUGAUAGACAUGGAGCCUAAAGUGAUAAACAACAGUAUGACCAAGGCUGCAAAUUCUGGCAGGUGGAGGUAUGGAGAUAAUUCCCACUUCAGCCAGAAGCAGGGCUCUGGAAAUAACUGGGCAAAUGGGUAUUGUGUCCACGGUCCCCGUCACAGAGAGGUGGUGGAGGAGCUGGUGAGGCGAGAGGUGGAGCGCUGUGACAGAUUGGCUGGCCUCUUGGCCAUGAUGAGCGUGGCGGGGGGAACGGGGUCUGGUGUUGGCACCUACGUUACGCGGUGUCUCCGAGACACCUACCCAAAGACCUUCGUCCUCAACCACCUCACCUGGCCGUAUGGGACUGGGGAGGUGAUUGUCCAGAACUACAACUCAGUGCUGACGCUGGCUCACCUCUACCAGCUGUCAGACGCCAUCCUGGUGCACGAGAACGACACGGUGCACAGGAUCUGCAGUCAGCUGCUCAACAUCAAGCACAUCUCCUUCAGUGACGUAAACGGGGUCAUCGCUCACCAGCUGGGCAGCGUGCUGCAGCCCGCGCUCACCGCUGACUCCCACGGUGUCUACAGCAGAAAUCCCCUGGGUGAGUUGGUGAGCGCCCUUGCAUGCCACCCAGAGUACAAGCUGCUCAGCGUGAGUACCAUCCCUCAGAUGCCCAGUUCCUCCAUAGCCUACACCACGUUCAGCUGGCCGGGGCUGCUCAGACACCUACGACAGAUGCUCAUCUCCAACAGCAAGAUGGAGGAAGGUAUAGACUGGCAGGUGCGUCCGCCUGCAGUCUCUGAGCGGACCGGGAGUCUCACGGGAGCCGGCUUUAACGUCUCUCUGGCCAACCUACUCAUACUGAGGGGGAAAGACGUGUACAGCGCAGAGACUGGUGCCUUUCAGGACCCAGCCCUGUACACCUCCUGGCUCUCAACACAAGAAGCUUUCAACCUGUGGAAAUCCCCAGUGCCUUUUAAUAAGUAUGAAAAAUCUGCUACGCUGGUCAGUAACAGUCAGUCUCUGCUCAGACCUCUGGAUAACAUGGUGGGAAAAGCCUGGAAUAUGUUUGCCUCCAGGGCCUAUAUCCAUCAGUACAUUAAAUUUGGGAUCUCAGAGGAGGAAUUUCUAGACAGCUUUACAUCUCUUGAGCAGGUCAUCUCCAGCUACAGUCAACUUUGCUAGCAAAGGGGAAAACUAACAAGCACCACCUGUCCUUUGGACCGUAUGUAGACAAGAGACUACCACUAUGUUGGACGUUGCGGAUGCUUUUUUUAUUUUUUAAUUUUUUAUUUUGAAUGAACAUGUAAAUAAAACAAAUAGUUUGCGUCCACAGAAUUUUUCCUUCACUGAAAGCUAAGCAAAUUCCUUGACUUUAUUUGACAUCUGCAGCGGUAUGGGCAUUUCUGAAAUUAUAUUAUAUUAUUAAGGACUUUGUAAUGAGAUUG